AUGGGUGGGUGUUUUCCUUGUUUUGGAUCAUCCAACAAGGAGGACAGUGGUGGGGUGAGGGUCAAGGAGGUGCCCAACAAGGAUUCUUCUUUUAAGGAAGCUGCUUCUCUUGUUCCUCAGUCUCAUCAUCCCAGCAGGGUAAACACAGAUAAAUCGAAGUCAUCAAGAAGUGGCUCAGACGCUAAGAAGGAAACACCAGUUCCCAAGGAUGGUCCAACGGACCAUAUUGCUGCACAAACAUUUACAUUCCGAGAGCUUGCAGCUGCUACAAAGAAUUUUAGGCCUGAAUGUUUAUUAGGCGAAGGAGGUUUUGGACGAGUUUACAAAGGUCGUCUAGAGAGCACAGGACAAGUAGUUGCUGUAAAACAGCUAGACCGAAAUGGUCUCCAAGGAAAUCGAGAAUUUUUGGUGGAAGUUCUCAUGCUCAGUCUCUUACAUCAUCCCAACCUUGUGAACUUAAUUGGUUAUUGUGCAGAUGGUGAUCAGCGGCUGCUUGUUUAUGAAUUUAUGCCAUUGGGAUCUUUGGAGGAUCAUUUACAUGAUCUUCCUCCUGACAAGGAGCCUCUGGACUGGAACACUAGGAUGAAAAUAGCGGCCGGAGCUGCAAAGGGAUUGGAAUAUUUGCAUGAUAAGGCAAAUCCGCCAGUUAUAUAUAGAGACUUAAAAUCAUCCAACAUCCUCCUAGAUGAGGGUUAUCAUCCCAAAUUAUCAGAUUUUGGGCUGGCAAAACUUGGUCCUGUUGGUGACAAGACUCAUGUAUCCACAAGAGUAAUGGGAACAUACGGGUAUUGUGCCCCAGAAUACGCUAUGACCGGUCAACUAACUCUGAAAUCUGAUGUCUACAGUUUUGGAGUUGUCUUCCUUGAACUUAUUACUGGGCGCAAGGCUAUUGACAAUACCCGUGCGCAUGGAGAGCACAAUCUUGUUGCAUGGGCACGGCCUCUCUUCAAGGACCGUAGGAAGUUCCCCAAAAUGGCUGACCCUCUACUUCAAGGCCGUUACCCAAUGCGAGGACUGUAUCAAGCACUUGCAGUUGCUGCAAUGUGUCUGCAGGAACAAGCUGCUACGAGGCCUCUGAUUGGGGAUGUGGUGACUGCUCUCACAUAUCUGGCCUCACAGACAUAUGAUCCAAAUGCAGCCAAUCAAUCCAACAGAAUUGGCCCUUCAACUCCUAGGAUCAGGGAUGAUAGAAGGAGCCUGGCAGAUGGCGUGGACAGCCCCGACCGCCGCCUCGGCUCCCCGUCCACCCACCGAAACUCCCCUGACUUCAGGAAGAAAGAUAGCAGGGAUCCCAGCAGCGUGAACGAGUUAGGCAGGAUCGACACGGGUGGUGGCUCAGGGAGGAAAUGGGGAUUGGAUGAUUAUGAAAGGCAGGAGUCUCAGAGAGACAGCCCGGUAAAUACUGCAAGAGCCAGAGAGACUCCAUGGAACCGUGACCUGGACAGAGAGCGUGCGGUGGCAGAAGCAAAAGUCUGGGGUGAGAAUUGGAGAGAGAAGAAGAAAGCAAAUGCCAUGGGUAGCUUCGAUGCUACAAAUGACUGA